CUCUUCAACGCUGAAAAUCUCCCACCUUUAUUAACUCUGUGUGAAACAAUGCUUCUUCGAAGUUCAUCGACGCCAAUACUCGAUUCAUGGUUCCCUCCCUCGUCCAAAGACUUCUCGCCCGAACCCGAUAAUCUGCCCCAGAUCCACAGAACCCGUUCAAUCUCGCUCUCGGCUUCUUCUUCGAGCCUGCUCUCGUCUUCCUCUCACGAAGAUUCAAUCAAGAAAAUGACAAGAGCUCUGUCCGAGUCCGAUCUCAGGGAAUUGGCGGUACCGAUGAAGAGACCGUUCGGGAGUACUUGGAAUGGGAUUUCAUUGGAAGAGGAGGUGGAAGAGGAGACGUCAACAGCGUCGUUGUGGAGUGAGAAGGAUUGCGAGGUUGGAGGGGGAAUUGGCGGCGGUGGAGGAAAGAUCUGCGGGGGUGGCGGUGGUGGAUCCGAUCGUGGAGAUUCAAGCAAUAAUGGGAAUGAUAGCAUGGAUUCUUAUUAUCAAAGAAUGAUUGAAGCUAAUCCGAGUAAUGGGUUGCUGCUAGGGAACUACGCGAGGUUCUUGAAAGAGAUCCGAGGAGAUUUUGAGAAAGCGGAAGAGUACUGCGCCAGAGCAAUCUUGGCGAGUCCGAACGACGGGGAGUUUCUGUCCCUGUACGGUGACUUGGUGUGGCAGAUCCACAAGGACCCUGUUCGUGCAGAGACUUAUUUCGAUCGAGCAGUCAAAGCUUCACCUGAUGACUGUUAUGCAAUGGCUUCAUAUGCUCGGUUUCUCUGGGAUGCUGAAGAGGACGAAGAGGAAGAAGUAGAAUCAAUGAAGGAAGCUUCACGGCCAUGUUACUUCAAUGGAGCUCACUGUCCUUCUCCUCUGGCUGCUGCUUCUUAGACUCUUCUUUCAGCUGCUCCUCUGUCCUACUUUUUGUAUGAUAUUCUAGAUAUUAUAGUAACUUUAUAACCUUCUUUUUUUUUUGUUUCUCUUGUUUAUAGCUAUUUUUUUUAUGUGCUAGCUUUUUUAUUCGCUUUCUAAGAUGAGUUGUAAAAAUGAAAAUAAUGAGAUUAAUAGAUGGAAUGGUUUUUGCCUUC